CCAGCAUUUGCCAUGCACAGCGGUGCGAAUGGCAGCGAUACCUUGCCAAUAGUACCCGUGCGGUACCGCAUUCCUCCUAACGGUAGCGCUGCGUAGCGAUCGAAGGGUCAAUUGCAGUCGUGCCACUCACAGCAGCAAUGGCCGAUGCAAAGGCAGCAAACGAGGACGCCUUCGCUAAGCUCUGCAGCAAAACCAGCACGGAUUACCCCUUCACCAUAAUAAACAGACCACCGGCGCCACCCGUCAAUACCAAAAAAAUAAGCGUGCUCUGGCCCGUCCUGCUCUCGACGCUGCUCGCGCUGCCGAGUUUAGUAUAUGCCAUCAUUAUAGCUCUAUGGCGCUACGCGACGCACUCAACACAAACAGAGACCUGCGAAUUCGCGCACGCCGACACGCCGCGCAACCGCUUGCUCGUGGCGAGGUUAAGAAAAUCUCUGGCCGCGCAGCCGCCUCCGACCAAUUGGUGCGCCCACUCCGGCGAUUUAGGCACGCUCGUGCCCUUCGCGACAUUCGGGGAGGGCGCUCCAGUCAAUUGGAGGAGGCGCUGGUUGAGGGUCGCGAGAGCGCCGGCGCCCGACGGCGUCGAUGGACAUAAGAGGCGAGGUGGAAAGGAAGACGACGAGGCCGUGGCGUUAGAUAUAGCUCUACCGGAGCAACCUAGAGAUGACGCCCCCGUCAUCCUGGUCUUGCACGGCCUCAACGGCGGCUCCGACGAACCGUACGUCCGGGACCUCGCGCAAGCGGCGCACGAGCGCGGCUCCGUCUGCGCCUGCCUCGUGGCGCGGGGUCUGAUGGCGACGCCGGUCCGCGCUUCGUUAUUCCACGGCGGCCGGACGUCGGACGUGGGAGCAGCUGUUGCUCUCUUGAAAGAGAGUUUCGGCGACCGCGUCGCCCUAAUAGGCAUCUCGAUGGGCGGCAUCGUCGCCGCGAACUACGCGGCCCGUAGUGGGAUUCACUCUAAUCUAGUGGCGUGCUGUGCCGUGUCAGCAACAUUGUGCUCGGAGAUCGUGUUACGACCUAUCGGCGACCGCGCGAGGAGGUUGUGGCACCCGCCCUUGACCCUGGAACUCAAGAAGACCUUUCUGGGCGGGCCGAACGCGCCUUUACUGUAUGACAAAUGUAAUAUCAAUGAAAUUAUGGCGACGCACACCAUCGCCGCCUUCGAUUCUGCCUUAGUAUGUCCCUUCAACGGCUACGCGGCCAUUGACUGUGAAGGAGGCUACUAUGAUGACAUGUCCGCGGCCGGGCGCGGGGAUGACCGAGGUUUCAAACGGCUGGCCAACGUCCACACACCAACGUUCGUUCUCCACGCAAAGGAUGAUCCGAUCGUUCCCUUCGCAUCGUGCCUGCCGGAAGCGUGUCGAAAGGCGGGCCACGUUGUAUUACUAGCGACGGAGAGCGGCGGCCACGCGGGCUGGCCGAGAUCGAGGCGUCCUACGGACCAUCGAUGGGGCUUCAUGCACGGGUUGUGUUUGGAUUUUGUUGAUGGGGCCUUUGCUACGAAGCCGUUCAGGGUCGAUUCUGGGGAGGGGCCGGUCUUCGACGCCGACUUUCAAAUUAGGCCAGCGUAUCGCGCGGCGUCGAACCGCGGGCCGCUGCAUCAAGGGGCCGUGCGGCGCGCCGCGGCGAAGGCGGCCGCGCGGGGGCCGUCCUCGUGAAUCCGUGGUGGUGUGUGUGAGGUGUCGCGGCGAUGGCGUGGAUUAGCUGGUAAGACAAGCAUAAAAGUGACAGGUCCUUAUAUACGCCGCCGCGUUGUCACAUCAUCUGCAAU